AGAGAGAGAGAGAGAGAGAGAGAGAGAGAGAGAGAGAGAGAGAGAUCAGUGAGCGGGAGAGGCAGCUAUGGAGAGGAUGAGGCUUCUGGUGCUGCUGUUCUGCGCUGUGUUGGUGUCAGAUGGGUUCAACAUCGAUGUCACAAACCCAGAGCGGUUCUCGGGGAGUGAGGAGGGUUUUUUCGGUUAUCGGGUUCUACAGUAUCAGUCUGACUCAGACAAACAGAUCAUAGUUAGCGCUCCACUGAGAAGAAGCACUAAUGAAAAGGCAUCAGGGGCAAUUUACAGCUGCACACUGAAUACAGCAAACUGCACUCUACUGUACCAGCAAGACUCCAGUGAUGCCCAGUUCUUUGGGAUGUCCAUGGCAUUGAGGUCCACCCCUUCAGCCAGCCUGACUAGCUGCAGUCCCAGUCUCGCUCAUAACUGUGAUGGAAACUCAUACCUGAAUGGCAUCUGCUACAACUUCAACAGUCAACUGAACCUCAUCGCUAACAAAACGGUCGCUUUCCAAGAGUGCACAAAAAGUGUGGUGAACUUGGUCUUCUUGUUCGAUGGCUCUUCCAGCAUGAAAACCGAGGACUUUAAGAAGAAUAAAAACUUCAUCUGGAAAAUUACAACUCAACUUAAUAACUCAUUCUUUAAGUUUGCUGCUGUCCAGUUUUCUGCAGUUCCCCGGACCGUUUUCACCUUUAAUGAUUACAUGAAUGGCACAGCUCAGAAAAAGCUUGAUGAAGAGGAGCAUAUGAAGGAUCUCACAAACACCCACCAGGCUAUUGACUAUGUUCUAGUAAACCUCUUUAAUAAUCUUUCUUCUGGUGCGGAUCCUGAUGCUAGAAAAGCCCUGGUCAUCAUCACAGAUGGAACUCCAACUGAUUUUAACACUAAAGAUGUUAUAAAGAGGUGUGAAGUUAAGCACAUCACUCGCUUUGUUAUUGGGGUGGGGAACGUAGACAUAAAAAAGCUCAGAAUUUUUUCUUCAGCUCCCAAAGAAAAUAACACAUUCCAGAUUGAUGACUACAGUGGGCUGGAAGGACUUUUGGAUAAGCUGCAAAAUAAGAUCUACAACAUUGAAGGAGAUCAGAGUGGUGGACACCGGGAAUGGACAAAGGAGUUGUCUCAAAGUGGCUUCAGCGCCGUCUAUGAUAAAGAUGUUCUGGUUCUGGGAGCGGUUGGAUCAAAUAAAUGGCGUGGAAUGCUUUAUGAAGUUGGAGCCACAGAAGUAGAAAUCAAAGACCCAAAGCUGAACAACGACUCCUACAUGGGUUACUCCACAGCAGUUGGACUGAGAGGUAAAGUCUCUCUUCUGUUCUCUGGAGCUCCAAGGUCCAAUUACAAUGGUCAGGUCACUCUCUUCAGGAAGCAGAACACAUGGGAUAUCACCACCAGAGUCAAAGGAGAACAGGUCGGCUCAUACUUUGGUGCAUCUCUCUGUUUGCUGGACCUGGACUCGGAUGGUGAAACUGACUUUCUUGUGGUUGGAGCUCCUCUGUACUACCAGGCUCAGCCACGAAGAGAAGGCAGGAUGUACGUCUACAGGCUCACAAAUGAGAUGGAACUGGAGAAGGUCCUGGAGGUGUCUGACUGUGUUCAGGGCCAGUUUGCAGCUACUGUAACAUCUGUAGCAGAUCUGAAUGGAGAUGAGCUGCAGGAUAUAGCUGUUGGAGCUCCACUGGAGGACAGUGGUAAAGGAGCCGUCUACAUCUAUCUUGGGAACCGCACACAGGGUAUACGUCCCAAUUACAGCCAGCGAAUCCUGGCUCGGACGAUUUCUGAGAAUCUGCAGCAGUUUGGUGUGGCGAUUGAUGGUGUCAUGGACAUGGAAGGAGAUGGACUUACAGAUAUUGCGGUGGGAGCACGAGGGACGGUGAUGCUGCUAAAGGCUCGACCUGUUCUGUCUGUUUCUGCCCACCUCAAAUUCUCCCCCUCUGAAAUCAGCCUCGACAACUUUGACUGCCUGGCCCAAAUUGAUGACCCAAUAGAGGCUGUUACCCUCAGCGCCUGCUUCAGUGUGGAAGAGAAAACCCAAAGCACGGGGGCAGUGAGCAGGGGUCUGAACGUGUCUUACGAGGUCAGAGCAGACCCUGUGAGACAAUGGAGUAGAGCAUUUUUCAUCAAGAAAGAUAAAACAUCCAGAAGUCUCCUAAGUUCUGUGCUACUGGACUCACCUUAUUCCUGCUUCAACCACACUGUCUACAUGCCAAGCUGUGUGAAGGACACAGUGUCUCCUGUGUUGAUCCGGUUGAACUUCUCCCAGGCUGAGCAGCAGCCAAGCAGCUCCAAUGCUAUCCUUAACAUUGACAGCAGAACAACUGCUAAUGUGGAGAUUCCCUUCCAAAGAAACUGUGGGAAUGUGAGCUGUGUGGCAGAUCUACAGCUGGACUUUAACUUCUUGAACAAGACUUUGCUGGUGGUGGAUCAGUCAUAUUUCAUCAUCACUGUUUCUCUGCUGAAUAAAGGAGAUGAUUCCUUCAACACCAGUGUGGAGCUUCGCUACCCAGAGGGCCUGUCGCUCUCCAAGUUUGACACUAUUAAGGCCAGCAGGAGGACUCUGAGCAGUUGUGGAGAUCGAGAUGAUGGUGCUCUGGAUAAAACAACCUGCAGCAUCAGUUUACCCGUGUACCGCAAAGGCACCAGCGCAUUAUUCCAGGCUACGUUUCGUAUCUCUGGAUCCUACAGGUGGAGUGACAUGAUGGAGAUGACUCUUGUGGCCAGCAGCAGUAACAAUGGUAACCAAACUAACGGAACAGUGACGAAAACUCUGCCAGUUCAGUUCGCUGUAGACGUAGCCAUCAAAUUAGAUUCUGAUCAUUCUGUAACCUAUCUGAAUAUCUCUUUGGAUGACAAAGGCCCAAAGCCUGUUGACAUUGUCUAUGAGGUGAUUAAUAACGGAGUGAAAAGUCUUCCUGUUUCAGUAAAGUUCAUGAUGCCAUCUAAGAUAGGGGAGAACUUCAUCCUAAGAAACCACAGCAUCACUAAACCAGAGAACCCGACAGACUGCAGCUUCAGAAAGAAAAACGACUCUGCUAACCCGAUGGCCUGUAAUCUCACAGAGGAAACUGACCCUGCUUUGUGUUUGAAUCAGAAGAGCUGUGUGAAGUUUGAGUGUCCGUCCUUCUGUCUGGAGAAAGAAUCUCAUGUUAAGUUUGAGCUGAAAGCCCAGCUCACUUUCCUCAACCCUAAGCAGUUCACACAGAGAUUUCACUUCAGCAAGUUUAGUUUGGAGGACAGCUUCUCGAGCUCUGCUAAGCUGGACUUUGACAAAAAACUCUACCAUCAGAUCGAUAAUGGCCCACAGGACGAUGGCAGCAAACACCACAAAGCACAGGCCAGUGUUAAGGCUGAGCUGAUUAUUCCUCCUGAUAUGCAUAUGAUCGUGGGCUCGGGUGCAGGCGGUGGGCUCCUCCUAUUCAUCAUCUUCUUCGUGCUGCUGUGGAAGUGCGGGUUCUUCAAGCGCAAGCGUCCGGGUGAAGAAGAUGGAGAGUGUGCAGGCAGAGAAGCUCAGCUUGAAGAAAAAGAGAAGAACCCCAAUGAUUGUAAUAGUCAGAAUGAAGAGACGUCUUCUAAACCCGACGAUAAACUCCUCUCCAGCAACGGCUCUGAGAACGGAGGAGCACCAGCAUCAGAAGCAGUGAAAGGAGAAAGUGGAGAGUAAAGAGGCUUUGCUGUCAGAUCAAACCUUCAUUUAGGCUAAAACAAUCAUCCUGGAAUAGAUGGAACUUCUGCAGGUUCUUUAAUGUCUUUGCAGGCCUAUGUUUGUGUCUCUUUGAUUCAUUUACACUCACCGGCCACUUUAUUAGGUACACCUUGCUAGUAAAAGGCUGGACCCCCUUUUGCCUUCAGAACUGCUUUAAUUCUUCAUGUCAGACUUUCAACAAGGUGCUGAAAACGUUCCUCA